AUAUUUAGAUUGCAGAAUCAAUUCCAUUAAUUGGUCCAAAAUGCUCACUAUUGUCAUUGAGCAAAGAAUAUGCUAAAGAUGAUGAUGUUUAUCUAGAGAAACUAAAAGAUCUUCAAACUAAAUACAAAAAUAUUCGAAGGACUCGUCCUGAUGGAAACUGUUUCUUUCGAGCAUUCAGCUUUGCCUAUCUAGAAAGUUUGCUCAACGACAGACAAGAAUACAAUAGGUUCUGUGAAAUUGCAAGUAAAAGCAAGGAUAAUUUAGUAGCUCUUGGGUUUCCUCAGUUUACCAUUGAAGACUUUUAUGAUACUUUUAUGGAAGUUCUGAAGAAAAUAGAUAAGCAAAUGACUUUAGAAGAUUUAUUGGAAACAUUCAAUAAUCAAGGCUAUUCAGAUUAUAUUGUAGUUUAUAUGAGAUUAAUAACUUCAGGACAUUUACAAAAAGAAGAAACUUUUUUUACCAGUUUCAUAGAAGGAGACAGAUCUGUUAAGGAAUUCUGUCAUCAGGAAGUGGAACCCAUGUACAAGGAAAGCGAUCACAUCCACAUAAUCGCGCUGACUCUGGCACUGAAUGUGGGCGUGCGCAUCCAGUACAUGGACAGGGGCGAAGGAUCGGAAGUCAACGCGCACGACUUUCCGGAGAAGAAGGAGCCGAGAAUUCACUUGUUAUACAGACCCGGCCAUUACGACAUCCUAUACUGACCGACGAUUGUACAGUCGACAUUCCACCAGACGACUCUGGCAGAUUCUAUCUAUUCGUUCUACGGAAAGAAACUUCUAAUUGUGAUCGGUAAGAGAUACGUCCUUGGCCUAAAACUGAGGAAAUACUUAGGAUAUAAUCGAUGCGCGCCAUCGUUUCACUGCCCUCCGGAGCACCGAAGUUCUUCCCGUUUAGUCCCGGACUCUUUUUUACUCGUUAGCAAAAUAGUCGCCGACGUAUGUUUCUUCUAACCCGUUUAAUUCUAAUCCUAAUCCUAAUCCUUUUCGUCGUAACCUUAACAUCCGGUAACUUCCAUGUUAAGUUAUUUUACACGCGUCGGUUUUAUACGAAUAAACGCAAACCGACAACGUAGUGUGGUUUACCGGUCGGCAGUCGUGCACCAUCCAGUCUUUUCUUUUCUAAAGUUUUCUGUACGCAUUUGUUUUUACUUGGCACGUGAUUUAAUGCAGUGAAUAAAGAUGUUUCCAAACAAAA